ACUCCAGUUGCUGCAGAAACAUCCGGGCGCUUCCGAAUACUUGGCUGAAUUACGCAUGUACGGAAAUGAGAAACAACUUCCUUUUUGAGCCGGUGUAAUGGCGUCUGGAAAACUGUACACAUACCCUGGAAACUUCAGAGCUUUCAAAGCUCUGAUUGCUGCUGAAUACAGUGGUGCAAAAGUCACAGUAGACACCAGCUUUAAGUUCGGCGAGACGAAUAAAUCACCAGAUUUUCUAGCAAAGUUCCCAGUAGGAAAGGUACCAGCAUUUGAAGCAAGUAAUGGUGACUGUGUUUUUGAAAGUAAUGCAAUAGCUCACUAUGUUGGAAAUGAACAGCUGUUAGGAAAAACACAAGCAGAUGCUGCGCGUAUACAACAGUGGAUAAACUUUGGCGACAAUGAGAUACUUCCAGCGUCAUGCACAUGGGUCUUUCCCUGCUUGGGAAUCACACAGUUCAACAAACAGGACACAGAGAAGGCCAAGGAACAGAUUCAGAAGUCUCUGACCGUAUUAAAUAACUACCUGAAGACCCGUACAUACCUUGUUGGUGAGAGAAUUACACAGGCAGACAUCGCUGUAGCAUGUGAUCUCUUACUGGCUUACCAGUAUGUGCUUGACCCAGCAGUACGAGGAUCAUACAUCAAUGUAAACAGAUGGUUUACAACGCUCAUUAACCAACCAAAUUUCAAGAAGGUUAUUGGUGAUUUUAAACUCUGUGAUAAAAUGGCAACAUUUGAUGCCAAGAAGUAUGCAGAGCUACAUGGAGGUGACAAAAAGAAGAAAGAUGACAAGCCAGCAAAACAGAAGAAAGAACAGCCAAAGCAACAGCCUAAGCAGGAAAAGAAGAAGGAGCCAGAAGAGGAAGAUGAACCACCGAAACCAAAGGAAGACAAAGAUCCUUGGGCUAAAGUACCAAAAAGUCCCUUUGACUUUGAUGCCUUUAAAAGAUGCUACUCCAACAACGACACUCUCACAGAAGCAAUACCAUAUUUCUGGGAGAAGUUUGAUAAGGAGACCAUGUCUAUCUGGCAUUGUGAAUACUUGUACCCAGAAGAUCUUAAAAAGAUCUUUAUGACCUGUAAUCUUGUUGGAGGAAUGAUGCAGCGUCUGGAAAAGUUACGCAAGUUUGCGUUUGGAAGUAUGUGUAUUCUUGGAGAAGACAAUAACAAUCAGAUUGCAGGAUUAUGGUUUUGGAGAGGACAAGAUUUAGCUUUCACAUUAAGUCAAGACUGGCAAAUAGACUAUGAAUCAUACAAGUGGACCAAAUUGGACCCUGAUGAUGAAAAGACCAAGACAAUGGUGAAAGAAUAUUUUGCAUGGGAAGGAGAUUUCGAAGGCUAUGGUGACAAGAAAUUCAAUCAAGGAAAAAUUUACAAGUGAAAAGCUGUUGCAUUUUGUGUAAAACUACAAUAAAGUUAUUUAUUUUUACUGGAAAUGUGUUUGGACAUCUGGUUGGUGCAAAGAGAAAAAUAAAGAAAAACGAAGCCA